AUGUCUGCCGACGACAGUUAUGCCCCCAAGUCUCCGGACCUCUCCUCUUUUUACUCAAACGGUCCCACUCAGGAAGAAGUACAUCAUCCACAAACCGACAGUCACUUUAGGCCGGGAUACGAAUAUAAAGCAGAGUCCCCAACCUACGCCAGAUCUGUUUCUUUUUCUUCCUACGUUCCCCCUUCUCCUCACUUCAACAAUACCAGUCGUAUCUCAGCCGAUUCCACGUACCAUCAUUUAGAGUUAGACUACCAAGAACGUUCUGCGCAACCAAGAACUUCAAGACCGGAAUAUCAGCCCUACCCAUCGCGACAUUCUUCUAUCCCAGAGCACUAUAUCUACUCUACACCGGACCAAAGAAGACUUUCCGGUUACGACUACGAGUGUGAUCCUGCCUAUUCGCAUUCACAUCUACAACAGCCUCAAGCGCGACACGCCUCGCUCGGCCAAGCAUACCCAGAGCAAACUUCCAACCACAACGCGACCACAUACGACACGCCCUUCCCACUGCUGACCGCAGCUGGUGAUCUGGAACGAACUUCUACGUUUGGCGCUUCACCGUUCGAUAACAAUAUGCCUCCGCGCAAAGCCGCGCCCCCUGCGGCGCCUGCAAUCGACCCAUCUCCCGUCCGAACCAAAUUCCCCACAGCCAGAAUCAAGCGAAUUAUGCAGGCUGACGAGGAAGUUGGCAAAGUUGCGCAGCAAACCCCGAUUGCCGUGGGCAAAGCUCUCGAGCUUUUCAUGAUUCAACUCGUGACGAAGAGCGCCGACGUAGCAAAGGAUAAGGGCUCGAAGAGAGUUACUGCAUCAAUGCUCAAGCAAGUUGUUGAGACAGAUGAACAAUGGGAUUUCUUACGUGAAAUUGUUAGUCGCGUUGAGAACGAGAAGGAGGGCAGCAGGUCCAAAGCUAAGCAGGAGAGCUCAAGCGAUGAGGAAAUUGAGGAACCCAAAAAGAGAACACGCGGUGGUCGAAAGAAGAAAGCGACAUAG